CCGGCAUGCAAAAAUUUUUAAGGCGAAGCCAGCACACAGCCUUUGCGCGCCGAAAGCUGCACGCCAUCGACGCGUUGAAGCAGUGCACUUUGCACGCACGCGCUCGUUCCGGCAGCCCCACACACCACUAGCACUAGGAAGGGCAGCCCACAACAAAAAAACAUGCUCAGUAGCUCCACCUGGGUCGACGCGCGGGCCCUGAAGUACGCCCAGAAGAAGUAUAGGUAUAGGAACCCGUAUUUUGAUAGAAGAUACCGUGGUUUAGUUAAGAUAGCCAUCGUCAUCGGUUUACUGGGCGCCGGCAUCCUCUAUAAAAAUAGGCGAGCCGUGGAGAAGAGGCUCCACCCCUUGCUGUUGUCGCGGGACGACGACGCGCAGUACGGCAACGAGUACGACUUCAGCCAUGAGCUAGCGGGCCGCCAUUCCAGUCAUCCCGAGAGACCGGAGCACGAGAAAAGCAACGAAGUGUGCAGUACAGGAUUACUCUCGGACGAAGGUCGGUGGCCCGGCGUGCGCGCCUGCUGCGCGCCGCACUGUAGUAAAUGCGCCGCCUCGGAAGAUAAGGCCUGCAACGCGCCCGGGAUCAUCAAAUCGGGGAUCGUGUGCCGGGGCCCCUUCGACUCCCAGUGCGUCUGGCCCGAAGAUCAUGAAGCGCACAAGCAUAAAUAUAGAGGGUCGGCUCUCACAUUGCCGGCGGGCGAGCCCACGGACUACGAGCUGGACGCGAAUUCGCCGCUCCUGAAAUGUUCUACCUUGUCGUGCUUAGAUGCGGCAAUCAGCGAACUGCCUGUCUCACGACGUAGAGCCUACGUGCUCCACAUGGACCCGUCCAUCUAUCAAUUAGGAGAUCCAACGAGAGGCAGCAGCGUGCCGCUCGCGCCCCAGCUCAGCUAUCUGCCGAAGCGGCUCGUCGUGCACUUCGGCAUGCGCCUGCGGUUGCGGGACAAUUCCGAGGUGUUGGCGCUGGGCGGCGCCGUGACGGGCGUGCGCGUCUACUGCGUCGUCGUCGCGUGCCGCGACGGCGACGCCCUGCCGGACACCGUGGAACUGGUCCCUUUUACGUCGGUGGCGGACAUCAUGGGCCACUCCGAUGCCGACGUGGCCCAGGCCGCUCGAGCCUACCGGAAGCUGUGGCGCGCGGACCCCGUGCUGAGGGACGUGUCCUCGGCGAUGUACGCGUCGCACCGGACCUUCGACCAGUCCUAAGAAGCUAUAC